AUGCCAGACUCAGAGCCUUUCUGCAUUUAUUGCUUCAUCUUCUUCCUGGCAUGUCCACCGACGCUCAUUUUUCUCUUCAUUGUGCCCUUCGUGACCUCAGCGAUGCCGGCGAUGACCUUGCUGCUCCCUGCACUGGGCUUCAUCGCCAGCACGGUGCUCUAUUUCUUGCCGGCAGGAGCGAAAAGAGACCGGGUGCAACUUGUGGACCAAGCAUCUGUGGGACGGGGACCAGUCCUGGGACGAAACCGUUCAGAGGUGGAAGAUGUUUCAUUGCCUGGCUUUGUGAGCGAGCAGCUCAAGGAGGAUCUGAUCGGCUGGGUGGACGGUGGAAAAACGGACCCAUCGGCUGGUGCGAUGGGCGCCUUCGGACGUGAGAGGACGGUGGUGGCAUGCAGGUGCCUUGGCACCUCCUCCACCACCAGGGUCAUUGACAUCCCUUUGACCAGCAGGUCUUGGCGUUGGGCCUCUUUCGCCUUACCGGCUUUGGCCGUCUCAGUGGGAAACACCGAGUGGAGCGAAGGAGGUCUACCGGAGGACUGUGAGGAUUCAGGGCUGCGGCUGCUCCAAAGACAUCAGGAACGCUCCCAGAGCAAGUCCCCAUACUGGUGCAGGUACAUCUCUGAGAACUAUCGCAAUUUGGUGCCCUUGUGCUGGUUUGGCGAACCUGGCCCGGAACCAGAAGACGUACCCGCCGGCUACCCGAGUUGGUGCAAGCACGUACCUGAGGCGAUCCGCUUUGCGGUGCCCCCGUGCGAUGCCGAGACCUCCGAGGCGGUCUCGGGCGCCGUGUCCUCCGUGUCCGACGCCGUGGCGGGCGCGGUGUCCGGCGCGGCCGGCGCCGUGUCGGGCGCCGUGUCCGGUGCGAGCAACAGCAGCUCGGGGCUGGUGAACCCGACGUUGAACGAGGUGAAGGCUGAGAGAUACUCGAAGCUGAAGGAGGACUCUCCAUAUUGGUGCGGCUACAUCUCGGACGUGGUCCAAUAUUUGGUGCCGCCCUGCUGGUUUGGCACUCCGGAUGCCGAGCCUGCGGAUCUGCCGGGCAGAUACCCAACGUGGUGCAAGCAUGUGCCAAGCUCGGCCAGAGAGUUCGUGACGCCUUGCACCAACCAAACUGCCACGACACAGGACUGA